AUGGGAAGAAAAACGGGCUGGCAGGUGAGCAAGAGGAUAAAAAUUACACAAUGGGUUCCCGAAGGGAUUCUCUUGGUGGAAAGGGGUGGUGGCCACGAUAACAAGCAACAACACUGCAGGGAAAAACCGCGAGCAAGCCAGCCACUAGCGGCUGACUGUGUGGGAUAUGCUUUCGUCCGGUUUUCCAGAGGCCACGGGAUGAUGUCGAUGGGAGGGAUUGGAGGGAUCAAUUUCUCUGAUGUAUCCAAAAAGCUAUAUAACCCGUGCACCACCCACGGAGACAAGCGCGCUGAGGCAUUGGGGGAAGGAGCUACGGAUCGUCGCGCGUUUCCCCGGCGAAAGGCGCUCCGUACGGAGCCGGGUUGUCCCAAAACGGCAGAUACCCAAUACGAUGAGUCGGUGAGGCAUUUCCCGAGGGAGCAGACCAGGAGCACAGCAACAGAACACAAUUGGGGAAGCUUCCCUCCUUCCAGCCGACGCGGCGCAAACCUGCUUGCGUCUCAGAAAAACUCCGGUGCUGGUGGAGCCGCAUGCCCGAUUCGGCCCGGUUUGAUUGCGACCGAGAAGCUGGCCAUCAUAUUAGCUGGGCCUUGGCUGCUUCCCAUUGGCUUCCGGGACACCGCCAAGUGGGGGUGUACCACUCUAUCGGACCCAUUUGGAUGCAGGGACCCACCCGCACUAAGCCAAUGCUCCAUCGCGGACCAGCACGGUCAGGUGAAGACCCUGAAACCAUUGGCUGUACCAGUAGUAACUCCCCUGGUUACCCCCAUCCCGAGUGAUCCCGAAGGGAUGAUGAGCCAAAAACGAGGCGCCAAACACGGUGUAAGGGAAAAAGAAGGGAAAGGAUAA